AUGGAGGCUUCGCGGUCCACGAAUAUCCCCAUCACAGUCUUUACAGGCUUCCUCGGUGCAGGCAAGACGUCUAUAAUCCUUUCUCUUCUCCCACGACUGCCCAAAGACUACAAAGUCGUCCUACUCAAGAACGAGUUCGGGGAUGUGGAGGUUGACAGCCAGCUUGCGAAGCAGUCCAGUCUAACUGCCGUUAGCGAGAUCCUGAACGGGUGUAUGUGUUGCGUGUUAGUCGGUCAGAUGCAGACUGCGCUACUAGAGAUCCGAGAGAAAUUCCGCCCGGAUCGGAUAUUCAUCGAGUGCUCAGGAUCGGCAUUUCCAGCAACACUCGCGUUUCAAAUCCGGGAGCUAGAACGGGAAACGAACAACGACCUAAAGCUCGACGCGAUCGUGACGGUGAUAGAUGCCGAGAACUUUUCCGGGUAUGAAGACACAUCCCCGACGGCGAAGAUGCAGGCGAGCUACACGGACGUAAUCCUCAUCAACAAGUGGGAGCUCAUCUCCGAGCAGGAGCUCGACAUCUUGAUCGAUCACCUGAACACGCUAAACGACACGACGCCCAAGAUUAAGUGUCAGGGCAAGGACGGCGUGGACCCGAACGUGGUCAUGGGUUUGGACUCGAAGCUUUUUGAGCUGGGGAGCACCGAGGUCCCUAACGGCCAGCACCACGACGAGGUAGAGACGGUCACCGUUCUCAAAGGCACGACACCCAUCUGCUCCCAUCAGGGAUGCGACCACUCCAAGGGUCACCACCACGAACCCAGAGAAGGACCGACGGUCGUGGGCGAAGGCGUGCAAGCACUGGAACCUAUACCCGAGGCCGCCCUGGAUGAGGCACUAGGGUCGCUCUCGAAGGAGACUGUUUGGAGAGUGAAAGGAUUCGUCAAGCUAGAGCGCGGCUACGUCAUCCUCAACUGGGCCUUUGGCCGCUACGAACUCACUGCGGUGGACGCAGUACCCUCCGGGACCGGAGCGGUGAAGCUGACGGUGAUGGGCGAGCGCGGGGAGGUCAAGGGAGUUGCGUGCAAGCUGGCGACGAAGCUCGGGGCGACGGUGGCUGCUUGA